UCUUGCCGGAGUAUCCUGCGUAUCAUGGCCUCCCGCUCAGCGCUCCCUUAUUCUUCCUCUUGACCCCAGAAAGUUUCGCUUGUGCCCCGCCGGGGAUCCUUGAGCUCGUGCCGCCAUGGAGUCUGACCAUUGCUGACCGGACCCAGGCAGGAGCAAACAGCCCAGGGAGCUGGCCUGCAUCCAGUGGCCAUGGCCUCUGCUAGCUCCGAGAGCCAGAUCCAGAGAAUUAUUCGUGAUUUGCAAGAUGCUGUUACAGAACUAAGCAAAGAAUUUAAGGAGGCAGGUGAACCCAUCACUGAUGACAACACCAGCUUGCAUAAGUUUUCCUACAAACUUGAGUAUCUCCUACAGUUUGAUCAGAAGGAAAAGGCUACCCUCCUAGGCACCAGGAAGGACUACUGGGAUUAUUUCUGUGCCUGCCUGGCAAAGGUGAAAGGAGCCAAUGAUGGGAUUCGCUUUGUCAAGUCUAUCUCAGAGCUUCGGACAUCUUUGGGAAAAGGCAGAGCAUUUAUUCGCUACUCUUUGGUGCAUCAGAGGCUGGCAGACACCUUACAGCAAUGCUUCAUGAAUACCAAAGUCACCAGUGACUGGUACUAUGCAAGAAGUCCCUUUCUGAAGCCUAAAAUGAACUCUGACAUUAUGGUCCAACUCUAUGAGCUGAACGAAGUCCAGUUUGACCUAGCAUCAAGGGGCUAUGAUUUGGAUGCUGCCUGGCCCACCUUUGCCAGGAGGACAGUGACCCCCGGCUCAUCUGCUUACAUGUGGAAACCCCCAAGCCGAAGCUCCAGCAUGAGCAGCUUGGUGAGCUACCUGCAGACUCAAGAGCUGGCCUCAAGCUUUGACCAGAACAGCGGCUUCAACAACGAGGCUCUGGAAGGCUUUGAUGAGAUGCGGGUGGAGCUGGACCAGCUGGAGGUGCGGGAAAAGCAGCUCCAGGAGCGAAUACAGCAGCUCGAGAGAGAGAACCAGGAGCUGAGGACAACCGUCAGCUUGCAGAAAGAGCAGCUGAGAGAGGAGAAGGAUCGGGGUUGCAUGGUAGCAGAGAACAGUGCUUACCUCACGUUUGUGAUGGCCGAACUCCAGAAGCAAUGGGAAGUUACGCAGGCUACACAGAGCACAGUACGAGAGUUGCAGACAUGCUUACAGGCUCUAGAGCUAGGCGCAGCCAAGAAGGAGGAUUAUGAUUCAGUCCUGCAGCGGAUGGAGGCCCUGCUGCAGCCCCUGGCUCGGGACCUUGAGGCCACCUGGGACUCACUGGACAGGAAGAACCAACAUCUGGCCAGCAUCCACAGCCAGCCAGGUGGAGCUGAACACAAAGUGGACCUGGCCUUGGAGCCAAAGGGACAGCCACAGCCGGAGCUCGCCUCCAGCAAUGUGGCCCUGGGACUCGAGGAGAAGCUCCAGGCCCUCGAAGGGGAAAAAGCUGAAAUGCAGGAGCUCAGGAGGCAGCAGAGUGCCCGCCUGGAGCAACUGCUCAAAGAGGUGCAGCAGAAGGAGGAGGCCCGGGUCAGCCUGGAAGACCAGAUGAUAGAGAUGGAGCCAUUCCUGGACGAGCUACUCGAGAAGAGAAAGCAGGUGGCCCAGCUCCAAACAGAUCUCCAGGAGUCUUUCAGCCGGGUCCUCUCCCUGCAGGGAGAGCUGCUGGAGGUGAAGCGGGAGGAGCAGGGACUGCAGGAGGACAAGGCGCUGCUGGAACAAGAGACCCGUUCCCUCACUCGGCAGCUUCCCCUGCUGGAGGCGCAGCUGGCCCAGGUGAGCCAGCAUGUGAGUGACUUGGAAGAGCAGAAGAAGCUCCUCAUCCAGGACAGAGACCGCCUGGCCCAGAAGGUGGGGAUGCUGGAGCAGCUCUCCAACCAGAGUGAGCCUCUGGGGCCCCAAAACUCUGCCAUCACCCAGAUCACUCAACUGGAGGAGGAGGAGGAGCAGAGAGGCCCGAAGGACGGACAGAUAGACAACACAAAGACAACCGAGAGCCACCAUGAGGAGAAGAGACUCCAGCAGGCCAACCAAGAGUUGGAGAAGGAGCUGCAGAAUUUGGUGAGUCGCAACCAGGCCCUGGAAGGCAAGCUGCAGGCCCUCCAGACAGACUACCAGGCCCUCCAGAAGCGGGAGGCCUCUCUCCAGGACUCCGUGGCCUCUCUGGAGGCCGAGCAGGCCAGCAUCCGGCACAUGGGUGACCACAUGGAAGCCAGUCUCCUCGCUGUGAAGAAGGCCAAGGAGACCAUGAAGACCCGUGUGGCAGAGAAGGAGGCGGCCCUGCAGAGCAAGGAGGCCGAAUGCCAGCAACUGCGGGAGCAGGUGGAGGCCAGCCAGCGACUCGCAGAGGCCCAGGCAGAGAAGCUCCAGGCUCUCAUGGGCCAGCAGCAACCCCAGAUGCUUGAGCCCCUCAGAGCAGAAAACAGCCAGCAGGGACUCAACCCACCCCAGGACAGCGCCUCCCGCGAGCUCACUGCGCAACUGGUUCUUGCUCAGACGCAGGUAGAGGUCCAUCAGGGAGAGGCGCAGCGACUAGAGGCCAAGGUAGUGGACCUUCAGGCCAGACUCCAGGCAGCCUUAGAGGACCAGGAGAAGGUGCAGAGCCAGCUGAGUGUGGCCGAGGAGACGCUGGGGGAGCACAAGGCCCUGGUGCAGCAGCUGAAGGAGCAGAAUGAAGCUCUCAACAGAGCACACGUCCAGGAGCUUCUGCAGUGCUCAGAGCGGGAAGGAACCUUGCAAGAGGAAAGGGCCAACGCAGCUCAACAGAGGGAUGAAGAUCUGCAGGCCCUACAAGAACUGCUGGCACAGGCAAAAUGCAGUUCCCAGGAAGCUGAGGUGGAGCAUGCCGAACUGCAGGAGCAACUGCAUCGUGCCAACACUGACACGGCCGAGUUGGGUGUCCAGGUCUGUGCACUGACUGCAGAGAAGGAGCGGGUGGAGAGGACCCUGGCUUGCACCAUCCAAGAGCUUCAGGACACCAAAGAGACAGCCUCAAAGAAACACGAGGUCCUGGAACACCAAGUGGCAGGCCUGCAGCAGGAGAAGGAGAGCUUGCAGGAGGAGCUGAAGGCGGCCAAGGAAGCUGCCAGCCUGCUGCCAGGCCUGCAGGCACAGCUGGCCCAGGCUGAGCAGCAGGUUCAGAGCCUCCAGGAGACCUCGCGCCAGGAGCAUGACACUCUCAAGUUCCAAAUGAGCACUGAGAUCAUGGACUCUCAAAGCAAACUGAAGACAGCGAAUGAAGAAUGCAGGAGCCUCCGGGACCAGCUGGAGAUACAAAGUCAGAAGCUACAGGCUGCCGAGGAAGCUGUGGGGAAGCUGAAGGCUACCCAGGCAGAUUUGGGAGAGCAGCUGAGCUGUGCAAGCAGCCGCCUUGCAGAGAGCCAGGCCGAUAUGCUGAAGAAGAAGGAGGAAGAGGCUGCGCUGCGAGAAAACCUGGGCAGGACACAGGAGGAACUUGAAAAAGCCCAAACCAAAAGCCAAGAGUAUUAUGACAAACUCUGCGAGGAAGUGACAAACAGGGAGGAAAAUGACCGGAAGCUGCUUGCUGACCUGGAUGACCUGAAUAGAACCAAGAAGUAUCUGGAAGAACGCCUGAUAGAGCUGCUCAGGGACAAGGAUGCUCUGUGGCAAAAGUCAGAUGCCUUAGAAUUCCAGCAGAAGCUCAAUGCUGAGGAGAAGGAACUUGGGGAAGCAGAGCUGAACCACUGCUUGGACUGUAAGCGGGAGUUCAGCUGGAUGGUGCGGAGGCACCACUGCAGGAUAUGUGGCCGCUGCUUCUGUUACUACUGCUGCAACAACUACGUCCUGACCAAGCCAAAUGGGAAGAAGGAACGCUGCUGCCGAGCCUGCUUCCAGAAGUUCAGCGAAGGGCUCAGCUCUCCCAACAGCAGUGGCUCGAGCACAAGCCUGGGAGAGCCUAGCUCUAUGUCAUCGCCGGUCCAAACUAGCCUUCCAGGGGGAGACCAAGACUGCAGGGUCCCAGACGAUGCCGUGUUUGACAUCAUCACAGAUGAGGAACUGUGUCAGAUACAGGAGUCUGGCUCUUCCCUGCCUGAAACACCCACUGAGACUGAAUCUCUUGACCGGAAUAUGAUGGAACAGGAUGCCACAUCCAACUCACUGACACCAGAGGAUGCAGAAGACUUGCCUCUGAGUCAAGAUGCUGAAAUCUGCCUGCUGCGCUUUGGAGAACUGAUGAUAAAGUUGCCCCUUACAGUGGACGAAAUCAUCCACUUUGGGGAAGGCAACAGGGAACUGUUCGUGAAAUCCAAUACCUACAGCCUCAUCCCCAUCACUGUGAAUGAGGCAGGCUUCACCAUCAGCUGGGUCUUUUCCUCUGACCCCAAGAGCAUCUCCUUCAGCGUGGUCUUCCAGGAGACGGAGGACUCCCCUCUGGAUCAGUGUAAGGUGCUCAUUCCUACCACCCGAUGCAAUUCCCACAAGGAGAACAUUCAGGGCCAGCUCAAGGUUCGUGCCCCCGGCAUCUACAUGCUCAUCUUCGACAACACCUUCUCCAGAUUUGUCUCCAAAAGGGUGUUUUAUCGUUUGACAGUUGACAGACCUGUGAUCUAUGAUGGAAGUGAUUUCCUGUAGCCACAGCACCUGGAUCUCAACGGCUUCUCUUUACACUUUAUUUAUAGGACACACUACUCUUUCUUACUUGUCACCUAAAGCACUAAAAUUUAAAUAUAUAUUAAUAUAUGUAUAUUUUAUAUAUA